AAAAUUAAAAUGGUAUGCAAAUAAAAAUAAAAUGCCCACUCCUCGAAAAAAUCAUAUGGAAAACAAAUACCAAUUGGAAUUAUGAUUCCUACGUCACAGGUCAGAGUCUAUUGAUAUGAGUUAAAUCUGUUAUUUUACGUACAUUUUAAAUUUUGUAUUUUUUAUAAACUAAAAUAGAUGUACUUACUUUAAAAUUUCGUGUAAAUUUCACAUCGCAAACAUGAAUACUGUACUUAAAGCUGUGAUAUUAGGGGCUCCCGGCUCAGGGAAAGGUACAAUUUCGAACAGAAUUAUCAAAGCUUUCAACAUGGAAUACAUAUCCAGUGGUGAUCGGCUGAGACAAAAUAUAAAAGAAAAAACCGCUAUCGGUUUGGAAGCAACAAAGUACAUAAACGAUGGCAAAUUACUUCCCGAUGAUCUGAUGAUUAAGUUUAUCACAGAAGAGCUUAGUAAAGUCAGAUCAAAUUCUUGGUUACUAGAUGGUUUCCCGAGGACUCUCCAGCAAGCGCAACAAUUGUGGAAAAGAGAAACAUUGGAUCUCGCUAUUAAUUUAGUAGUUCCGUUCAGUGUAAUUUUAGAGCGAGUCGAAGGCAGAAUGGUGCACUUGCCCAGCGGUAGAGCUUAUAACUCGACUUUUAACAUACCCAAAAAUCCUGGCUUCGAUGAUGUGACUGGAGAGCCGCUAACGAAGAGAGAAGACGAUAAACCGGAGGUGGUGAAAAAGCGAUUGGCUGUGUAUGAGGAAAUGACGAGGCCUGUAAUAGAGUUCUACCGAGAACAAGGGAUUUUAAAGGAAUUCCACGGUGAGACUUCCGACGCUAUAUCACCACAAGUUAUCAAUGUUAUGAGCGGUUACAUCAAGCAGGCGCAGAAAACUUGAUAUAUUUUUGAUAAGCGAAAUAAUAUUUUUAUAAUUUUUUGUAAAUAAUUAAAGGCUUUGUUCGUAAUGAAACUGUUCGAGUAUCAAAAUAAGCGAUCGCUUUUAAUAUGAUCAAAAUAAAUAACAUAUAUUUACAGAAGUAUAACAGUAACUUAAAUAUCCGUUUAAAAAAUAAAUCUUGUGAGCAAUUUUAGGGAUGAAAAACAAAUUAUAACUGAAAAUAUAAAAUUAGCUUCCGGUUUAGUUAGAUUUGAAAUCAUCCUUACAAUACCCAUGAAUGCGUAAUUCCUGAAAAACAAAAAGUAUCGGUUUAAUACGAGGAAAAAUAAUUGCGUGCGGGAUUAAGCGUCGAGUUAAUUCACCAAUUUAGUAUAAAAAAGCGGAGGAAAUAACACGUUGGUGUUAAUGUAGGUAAAAACGUAUCACGAGCCAUGUCUAUAAAAGUUUCUACGAAGUCUAUUAUAUUGAUUUGAGAUAUUAUAGGAUUAGCUAAUGAUGCAUUUAAUCGAAAGCCUUACGUCUUGGCAUUCUCGGCCUAACAUGUAUGUGAAUAUUAUCCCCAGGUGAAGCUGAAACUAAAACAAAAAGAUAUUACAGAAAUUAAAAAAAAAAAACGUAUAUUUCACAGUAGAAUACAAACGUACAUUUCGAUCAAUUUCGUGUUCGAAUUAUAUAAAAAUUCUACAAAAUACAGCGAUAAUCUAUAAAUAUUCAGGAGUAUACAAUACGAAUAUUCUCGAGCAAUAUUUCACGCGACUUAUUAGAUUUGAUUGAAAUUAAGUACAAUAUUACCGACAUCCCAGUUUCUAAUAUAUCAAUUGGAAUGUUUGUACAGCCAUAUUCAUCGAUCACUUUUCUAUUUGUUAAUUGCAACACCAAUAAAAGCAUUAAGAAUGCAAACAAAACACAUCACAGGCAAACUUUUUUUUUCUAAAUAUACUUAAAGGUUGUAAGAUUUCGCAGUGAUUAUUGUCAAUACAUAAGUUUCGCGAUCUGACAACCCCGAAGGCACAUUUCGGAUGCAACACAAUAGUUUUAAUCCAUUCCUAUCCCUCGUAGGAUUAAGAUAUGUAUAACAAUAAAACUAGUUGAGACAAACGUUAAGUUUCUAGUCGAUUCACUGAAAAAUAUCAAUUAUCUAUGUUGCCAUCGAAGUAGUUCUGGAGCAUGUUAGGCACGGAGCGGCUGGCGUCGGCGCGUCCGGGCGUCGCGGCGCCCUCCCGGUCGCCCAGCACGAACCCGAUGGGGCGCGUGACCUGCCCGUGCGCUGGGCUAUUCAAACUGAGCGAUCUGGCGGCGCGGCCGUUGUUAGGCAUGCACAAACGCUCAACGGUUAGGCGGGCAUUGACUGCCUCUGUUUUCGUACCGUGUAAUAUCCUGGGGAAAUCGCACUGCUCACAUUUGUCCAGUAUCGGAUGGUUCAGGAAUGUGCAUACGUGACAGUUCCAUUUCGGACCGUCGUCCGUUUGGUGGACGCGGCUUUGGCGGCGCAGACGCGCCGGCGGCGUCGGGAACUCGUUGAUCGUUUGACCGGUGUAAAUGUUGUUGUAAAAUGCUCACUAUCAAUUUCCAGUAUUUUACAUUGAUAACGUAAAUGUUUAAUGUCCUUGAUUAGUUUCUUCUCCGUGUCGACGACAUUCUCGUAUUCCCGUCUGCUCCUCUCCAAUUCUUCGAUUUCCCGCUUUAUCGCCGCCAGUCUGGCCGUUUCGGCGUUCAAUUCCGCCCUCAAUCUUUCUAUUCGAGCCUUCUGUUUC